UGUCGCUGAUGCGCUACGCAUAGCAGCAUUUUUAACGAGCUGGCGCUGCACAUACCUUGUAGGCGGGUCGUUUGACGCGUAGCGAUUGGCUAUACAACAGCCUUCUCAAGAAGCGACUUCAUCCUGAUUAACAGUCUAACACCCUUCGGCAGCUAGUGGCUUACCGCAUGUUUCCUAGGACUGCCGUCUGAUCCACCGCUGUUCUCACUAGAUGUCAGUACAAGGCUGAUUGCUGCCUCAAAUCUGGCAUUCAGUCUACCGGUUCGUCCACUGUUAUGCGUCCUAACCACUCGCACAGCGGCAUGUCGUGGACUCCGGUGGACUUUACCUGUGUUCGCUACUCAGCAGUGGAGGGCACACACUAUUUCCAUGACUCCGCUUUUCCUACCUCGAUACAAUUCUUGUUGUCGGGUCGCUGGGAGCCUUGGGACGUUAGCUACGUAAACAAGGCCCAGGAUCCAGAUGUCCGACGCGUCGCGGAAGAAGCAGAAUUGCGACUUGUUCGGGAUCCUUACUCUGGAUAUACUCCAUGGCCAUCUCCGCCUCCCUCUUCCACAGGUCCUCCCCCACUAGCCCCAUUGCACGGCCACAACCCGUCUCUACCAAAUGUCAACCAAACCACAGGAGCGGGCCUCAUGACACCUUCCCCAUCUACGGUAGUCGAGCAUGCUCCUCCAGGAUCGCCACGAGAUCACAGUACGCCUUCAUCCGCGACAACUGCAAACGUCUAUGCCUCUCCAUACGCAUAUCAACCUACCGCGCCGAUUGGUUCUACUACAAUGCCGCCAGAAUCAGCCCCUACCGCCCAGACAGCUCUGGAAAAUAAUACUCACCCAGAUCACACUAAUGCGCAUCCACCGUCUUCACAGUACAUCGAUCCUGCUCUCCGUGAUCAAUCAGCAAACCCAAUACCAGCACCACAAGCGAUUCUCUCGAGGACGAGAGAGACAAAGAUCCUGCUCUCGAUCGACGGCGACGGAAUUCGAGGACUGUCUGCUCUCCUUUUAGUCGAAUCGCUGGUGAAUGCGAUAUGUAUCAAAGUUGGACAGCGCCUCGACAGCCAUCAGAUCUUUGAUUUGACGGGUGGCAGUUCUCUUGGUGGAAUAAUAGCCAUCAUGCUAUGUCGGCUUCGAAUGCAAGCUCACCGAGCUAGAGAAGCAUAUAAGCAAAUUGCCAAACAAGUGUUCGAGAACAAAAGAGCUUACUUCAGAUAUCUCGACCCUCAUGCACAGGUAAAAGAUGUUGACGACAAAGCACUGGAGCAAGAGAUCAAGAACGUGAUUCAGAAAGAGCUAGGCACUUCAGACGAGGUACUCCUAGAUGGACGGCCAGACUCCGGCGAUGUUUUCGCAAUCACGACACAGAUGGAUAUCGGCACCAACAAAGCUGCUCUGAUACGAUCAUAUCAAACACGGCGCAUAACUGGACCGGACUUGGAACCAAACAUGCCCAUAUGGCAAGCGAUGAAAGCGACUUCAGCAGCCCCACGAUAUGUGCAAUCCGAGCCCGGCGUCCCGCAACGCUUCGUGAUUGAAAAAGGCCUUGUCGACCAUGGGACUACAAAGAACAACCCGAUUCGCGAUAUUCUAUACGAGUGUAGAAAGCUGUUCCGAUAUGCCAACGACAUGAUGAUCAUUGUCUCAGUCGGAACCGGCGCCGGUCUCGAUCGGAAAAAUGAAAUCCCUGAGAUGGCAAACAGCGUCGAGGAUAGGAAGGCCGAAGCAAGAACUUGGGGCGAGAAAUUUGAGGCCGAACAUGCGGCACUAAUGGAGCGGAACUGGAUGAAGUACUUUCGGUUCGACGUGACGGGACUGGAAGAUGUGCCACUGGAGGAGUGGAGUCACGAGGAUCUAAUCAAAGAAAAGACGUCGGCGUACCUGGCCCAGCCAGAGGUUGGACAGAGAUUUUAUGCGUGUGUCGACGCGAUAACGGCGUUACUGCUGAGCCCGCAGGGAAGGUAGCAAUGCACGACGAUGAAAUGUACGGUCCAGCUGUCCAACGGCAAAUAAGCCGUUAGCCAUAAUAAUAAUCUCGGUUCAUUCUGCCACAGUGUGCAUGCUGGACUGACCACAACGCCAAUGUCGUGGCUUGCCACUACCCUGUUGAGCUCCGGCGUCGUGUGCGUUUCAUCAGGUCCCCGCAGUACACCGCGGACCUGGCACGGCGUGAUGUCGCGUCAACCUUCAGUUCUCCUAUACUACCUCUUGCAACGUGUGGCAUCAUAUAUUCGAUGUCAAGCAGCGCGCCAGGCACACUGCAAUACAAGCGAAGCGUGAA